ACAGAAACAGCAUCCAAACCUACCAUCACUGCCAACAGUACCAACGUCAUGGAGAACAGCACUUUGGUCUUCACAUGUAACACAGAACAUGAGGGGAUGAACAUUCUGUGGUUCUUCAAUAACAAGUCCCUGUCACUAAAUGAGGGGCAGUACCUGUCUGAUGGUGACCUGAUCCUCACCGUCAAGAACGUGACGAGGAAGCAUGCUGGGUCCUAUCAAUGUGAAAUCUGGAAUCCAAUCAGUUCCAACAGAAGUGACCCCCUUGAAGUGACUGUGAACUAUGGACCAGACGAUAUCCUGUUUUCACUGAGUCCUGCAGGAGAUGAGAUUCGGGUCAUAUUCCAACAGUCACUGACCUUAGUGUGUCAGGUUGAGUCUUACCCACCUGCACAGUAUGAAUGGCGAGUCAAUGUCACAGUGAGCCCUGAGUUCACCAAUAACACCUACAUCAUCCAAAACGUAUCUUGGGAAGAUUCAGGACAGUACACAUGUUUGGCAUGGAACGACGUGACUGAGUUGUCAGUGUCUAAGGCUGUCACAGUCAGGGUGAUCG